AUGUCUUUGAGCGAAAAACUGUCGGCCAUGUCUCUUGCUCGUCAAAACUAUCACGAUGAGGUGGAGGCGGCGGUGAACAAGCAGGUAGUAGUAGCUCUCCUCGUCCCCCAAUCACACACAAAUGGUUCAGAUCAACAUCGAGUUGUACGCCUCGUACGUCUACCUCUCCAUGCACGCCUACUUUGACCGUGACGACGUGGCGCUCGCCAACAUUGCCGCAUUCUUCAAGGAGCAGUCGGAGGAGGAGCGCGGCCACGCCACCGAGCUCAUGCGCAUUCAGAAUGUGCGCGGCGGGCGCGUCGUGCUGCACAACGUGCAGAAGCCCGAGAAGAACGAGUGGGGCAGUGUGCUGGAGGCGUUCGAGGCCGCGUUGGCACUCGAAAAGUUCAACAACGAGGCACUGCUCAAGUUGCACGCCGUCGCCGAGCAGAAGAACGAUGCGCAUCUGACGAAUUUCAUUCAGGAGAAGUAUCUCGAGGAGCAGGUGGGGCCUGACGCUUCUUCUAUCAAAUCUUGAUCGUUUUCAAUUUAAAUUCAGUUGAAGAGACCAAAAACCAGCAGAUUUACUAUAAAAAGAGGGUAGCCAAACAUUGUGAACACUGUUACUAAACAGUGUUGUAUUCGAGGCGAUAUAACUCAGUUGCCGAUAGAGCUGUCAAAAAAAUGUCAACAAACAAAUUAAUUAUCAAAACAUGGUGUACAUUUUAUCAAUUGACUACUUUUUGAUAUCUCAACACGCAACUGAGAUAUUACAGUUUUUACUAGCGUUCUCACUGUUGAUUCAUUCGGGAAGUGUACUGCUAACUUCGACAGCUUUUAUAAGGUUCCGAUUCUGUCGAUACACUUUUUUUGCAAUAAAACUUCAAUAUCUGUCUAUUUUCAGGUCCGCUCGAUCAACGAAUUCGCCCGCUACGUGGCGAACAUCAAGAGAGCCGGGCCAGGACUCGGCGAGUACCUUUUCGAUAAGGAGCAAUUCGACUAA